ACGCUCCAUAGACGGGGAGGACACAGCCUAAGCACCGCUAACAUUUCCCGGUUCUCUCGGUCUGUAAACACCGGGAGGUUUUACUUUGACAGGUGAAAACGUAACACACAUGGAGCUGUCAGCUAUAGGGGAGCAGGUGUUUGCUGUGGAGUGCAUCCUGAAAAAAAGAGUUAAGAAGGGGAAUGUGGAGUAUCUGUUGAAGUGGAAAGGAUGGCCUCCAAAGUACAGCACAUGGGAACCAGAGGAACAUAUUCUGGAUCAGCACUUAGUGAAGGCCUACGAGGAGAAAGAGCAGAAGGAGAAACAAUUGGGACACAGGAGGAAAGGACCCAAAGCCAAAAGACUCUUUCUGCAG